AUGAUGGCUCUAUUUAUGAAGCAAGACUUCACACCACCUGUGCUCUCUAGAAGAUGGAUUGCCAUUAAGUUGAGGCCAAAUAUGUUGAUCUACAGCCGUGACCACAUCAUAUCCAUUCUAGAGAGUGGUUUAUUAUUUCGGGAAGACUGUGUGGAGGUUGAGCAAGAAGCGCCGUCGGAACAGGAAGUGUGGCGCGCUGCCGGCGGUGGUCGAGUAGGCUGGAUGACGCGAGGAGAGCAAGUCGGCGCUGGGGCGUUAGUUAUUGCUUGUUUGGUCGCAUGUCCACCUAAGAAUUUACAGCGUUCGACUCUACUUCGAACCGCGGCGUACAUGUUACUGCCGCUGGGUGUACGCUUAGCGCAUCGAAGACGAUGUCGAGGUUUUUUGCACGCUUUAUUGGCGUGCAUGCGCGAUUAUUUGACGCUCGCUCGUCGGGCCGCCGCGAUGUGUCGGGAGUAUGCUGCGUUGCAUGCUAAAUUGGGCUCAUUAUCAUCAGUGUUGGAGUCGAUGCACACAAUGUUGUGUCGACAACAAAGCGAACUGGCGGUUCUAAUGUCUCGAGCGUCGUCCGCCAUUUUGGGCAACGCGCCAUGGCUGAGGGACGACGUUGCGUGGGACGCCGUGUCGAGAGAUAACUCGGAGAACUUGAUGAAAAUACAUCACGCUUUUCUUGUUGUGCAAUCCACUCUCCUGAAGCACAUUGCAAUGGCGCACUAUUUACCUCCAGCCCACGCACAAAAGAUUUACAAAAACCACAAUGAACGCAUUUAUUGGAUCCAUACGGUUCUGAUAAAACAUCUGACGGAGGAAUUCAAAGAGAACUACGCGGCUUUAGAAAGAAUGUACAGGCUUCUAAAGAACUACGGCACGAAAGACAGUGAGCCCAAGAAACCUGGACACGCCGUAAAAGAUAAUUGGUUGUAUUCUGACGUACACACCGAUAUUGCCCGAACCAACUUAGAGCUGAAAUUAGCCUUGACCAAAUGCAGUAGUAUAGAUAUGUUUUUAGACGCUUGUGCGUUGAACAAACAAGAGUUAAAUGUCGAUAUAUUAAACAAAGAUAUCGAAGACCUAAUAGAUAACCUCACGAAAUGUCUUUCAACGGCACAAAAUUCACAAAUCAGGCUUAAAAAGUUACAUAGAAAAUUUGAGGAUGAUGAUACAAAGAUGAAAGAUAAAGAUGUAGUCUUAAAUGCCGAAGAAAAAACUAACAUUUUGAAAAUAGAAGAUAAAGAACCGGAGACAAGAGAUGAAGUUUUUUACUAUGUUAAAACUGAAGAGGAUGCUCCUCCGCAAUCAGCGGAAGAUAUUACAACGGGGCCCGGAAAGAGGGAAAAGGACGCCACUAAAGUUGUUUUAAAUGAAUUAAAAAGGAAAUUGGUGAAGAGAGAGGAUGUAAUGAGAGAAAGAGAAAGGCAAGCGUUAGCAAAAACAAUGCCCGAGCUUAAAGUAGUUCCAGAAUUCCCAAGGCAAAUUAACGUAGAAGUUUUAGAUAGAAAAGGUUUUAUAUCGAAAAUAAGAAUAAAUACAAAAAAUAAAAACUUAAAAGCUCAACUUAAGAAAGGGAUACAUAAGCGAAAAUGUUUUUCAUGUAAGCGAAAUAAAAUGUUUAAUAGGGUAAAGAAAUAUAAAUUAGAAAUUGAUUAUUAUUCAAAUGAAAAUGAUAUACCUGGUUAUGUUUGCGAAGUAAACUCUAACUUAAAGUAUAAAUCCGUCUUUAUAACUGUAAAUGAAUUGGAUAGCGUAGUAGUUGUUACAAAAUGGUUGCUAAAGCAAACUGAUAAAUUAGAAUCGAACAAAGUUAUACAUGCAAAUCCCGCGGAAUCUCCAAAAGAAGUAAGCUAUAGUAAUAGUGAAUUAAAUGGCCGUUUGGACGAACAUCUUAAGGUUUCGCGGAAAGAUCUAGAAUUAUCUUCAUCAGAAAGUGACUCAGAAUUUGAUCAAGUUAAGCGUAGGGAAAUUUUAAAGGAUUUACGUCGUCAUAGAGUUAAUAGAAAAAGGAACGAAAGAUCCAUAGAUACGGAGGUCGAUGAGAGUUUAAGGCCUAUAGAGUACAGUUUGGGUACCGGUUUAGCUAUGGCUUCAGUUCUACAAAUAAAUAGUAUCGCAAAUAGACCCAAUAUGGUCGAAGAGCAAUUUAUAGGCGAUGGUGAAGUUUCGGAUGACAGCGGAAAUGAAAUUUCUAAUUAA